AAGCUACUCAUUUUACCAUAUGUAUUAUUAAUGAGCUUCUUACUUCUCUCCAAGAAAAUAUAAAUGUUGAGUUUUUAAAUCCCAUAAUUAACCAAGGUAAAAAUUUUGAAUCUCAAGAAAAUCAAGAUAGUGACUCAUCAAUAAGCUCCUGA